AUGAAGGGAAUCAAAGAGUAUAUAAAAGAUAGGCUUGGGGAAUACAAGAUAGAAUUGGAUGUGGACUCUGUGAUUGAAGAGCUUACUCUAUCGAACAAGAUAAACGAGUUUAUGCCACCAAGCUCCAUAUAUACUGUAUUUUUGAUGCAUCUAGGGAAGAAUGACGAGAUGUAUAGGUCUAUUCUUAACGGAGAAUAUCUGUUUGAUAUUGAAGUGGGCUUGAAUGACGAGAAGUCCUUGUAUUGUGACAAAGAGCUCAAGGACAAGAUUAUGAAGAUAUAUGGAGAAAGGGCCAGGUAUGUCUAUGUCAAAACUUCAGGAAGUAGGCAUUUUAUUGGGAUAAGGCUUAGUAACAGGGGAUAUGACCCUGCAGCAGGUUAUAGUGGCCCGGAAAGUACGAUUCCAUACUUCCUACUGGUUAAAGGGCUGAAAGAGUUCAGGAUUGAUGAUUUCGAAUGGAAUGAAAUAAUAUUUGGGCAUAGGAUUAUGGAGGAUGAGCGAUCGAAGUACAUUGAGAUUCUUGAACACAUCAAGAGGAUAAGACUUCCUGUGCAAAUAAUUGAUAGUGAUGCAAUGCACAUGGCCACAUCGAUAACGAAUGUCCAUGAGUGUUAUCUCCAUUGUGGAUCCCAUGCAAAUUGGCCAGAAGAUGAGGAUGCCCUUGACUGCGCGAAGACGGCCCUAUACUGCUUGAUAUAUAAAAAAAGCAAGUACCGAAGUGCUAUUGGAUAUAGCUAUGUCCUUUUGAAGUAUAGGUGCUCGUAUUUCAAGUUUAAGAUCAUGAUAAGAAGAGACAGAAGAGCAGAGUUUAGGGUCAAUACCCGGAUAUCUGAGGUCAUCGCCCAGGAGUCUGAUAUAUUCAAGAAGAACAUAAGAUUUGUUAAGAUGUUUUUGGACUGCCACGGGUAUUUUCCUGUAUAUCUUGACGACAGACUUGUAGAACUGAUAUGCCUGAUGGUGGGAAGGGAAAUAAGCACAUUUGGAAGAUUUUUCAUUGAGUUUCUGAGAUACCAGGUCAAGCUGGAGGGGCUGACACUCAAUCUAGAGACUUUAAAGGUUACAGAAAAUAAAAACAAGAGGUUUGAGGUGGUAUAUCAGCAUGAUAUAGUGGUUGUAAGACCCCCGCCCCUGAAGAUCAUCCAGAGGUUGAAUGGGCUGAAGAAGGCUGUUGUGAAGCAGAAGAUUAGGCUUUUUGAUGAGAGUUUCCGUCUACAAACGUAUAAGUUAUUGCAGCCGUUUUUCAAAGACUACGACUUUGUUCUCAGCCUUUCCGACAAGCCAGGGUUUAUUGAGGUUAAAGAUAAGGUAAUGCAGCCGUUCCUGUUUGGAGUACCUCUCAUUGAUGAGUUUCUCCUCCCUAACUUGAAAAGCAAAGGAUACUUUUUCUAUUCUCCAAGGCACUCUGUUCUUAUGGUUAAGGUUAACGAAGAGUCUAAUCCAGAAGAGCUACUUUAUGUGUUGCUACUGAAGACAGGAUUUAGAUACUUCCUUAGAAAUUUCUGA